CUAAUCAGGACUUUUAUCUCGAGUGGGUACUCGCGGCGCGGGCUGAUGAAGCUGGUCGCGCCGAAGCCUUUGCCUGCACUGCCUGCACUCGCCAGUCCGACGCGACGACGCGACCAGCAGCAACACAGGAUGGCUCCGAUGGAACUGGCGGGAAGACUGCUGGUGCUGGGGUGCUGGCUGGCGCUCACCCACUCGGCGUCCAGCGCGGGGCCGCCGCCACCGGGGGGCGUCCACGGCCACCACGCCCUGUUCGAGGACGGCAAGACCGCGCCCUCCAACAUCCUCAUGGUCACCAUGGGCGGCACCAGGAGCCACAAGGUCCCCUUCAUGGCCCUAGGCCGCGCGCUGGUGCAGAAGGGCCACAACGUGUCCUUCAUGAACGCCUUCCCGCCGGCCAGGGACUCGGCCGAGGAGCCCGGCUUCGAGGAGGUGACGCCCCUGGGGCUGGUGCUGUACAUCAGGAACUACACGGACUGGGACCUGGUGGGCGCGCGCUUCCGCGGGGAGGAGCCCGUCCCCUGGGACCAGGCGCUGGCGUACACGUACGAGACGUGCGACUCCAUGCUGUCCGACCCCGAGACGCAGCACUUCCUCCGCUCGGGCCGCCACUUCGACCUCCUGAUCCUGGACGGCGCCUACCCGGACUGCGCCGUCGGCCUGGCCCACCACUUCAAGGCCCCCUUCAUGUACAUUAACACGGUGGGCUUCCACAUGGCCGCCGUGUCGCAGUCGGGGUCCCCCGUCCCUUACGCCACCACGCCCUUCCUCAGCAGGGCCUUCACCGACAAGAUGACGCUCCUGCAGAGAGCCGAGAACACCUUCUUCCACAGCAUCUUCUGGUUCUUUAACAACUGGCUGAUGAUGCCGCUGGUCCAGAACGUCCUCAACAAGCACUUCCCCACCAUGCCCUCCAUCUCGUCCAUGACCAGGAACGUGAGCUUCAUCCUGCAGAACUCCCACCACACCCUCACCUACUCCAGGCCCUACCUGCCCAACGUGGCCGAGAUCGCGUGCAUCCACUGCAAGGAGGCCCGUCCUCUGCCCAAGUACCUGGACGACUUCGUGCGCGGCGGCAAGGGCAACGGCUUCAUCUUCGUGUCCAUGGGCUCCUCGGUGCGCGCCACCAACAUGCCCGAGCUGCUUCGGCUCCUGUUCCUGCGAGUGUUCGCCCAGCUGCCCUACCAGGUGCUGUGGAAGUGGGAGUUCGGCUCCGAGAGCAUGCCCGACCUGCCGCCCAACGUCCGCCUGGAGCGCUGGCUGCCCCAGCAGGACCUGCUGGGCCACCCGAAGAUCGUGGCCUUCCUGACGCACGGCGGCCUGCUGUCCAUGUUCGAGACGGUGUACCACGGCGUGCCCGUGGUCACGAUGCCCGUGUUCUGCGACCACGACGCCAACUCCGCCAAGGCGCAGGACGACGGCUACGCCAUCAAGCUGGAGCUGCAGACCCUGACCGCCGACGAGCUGCUCACGUCCCUCAACGCCGUCAUCCACGACCCCAAGUACCGAGCCGCCGCGCGCUACCGCCAGUCCAUCCUGCGAGACCAGAAGGUGGGCCCGCUGGACACGGCCGUGUACUGGACGGAGUACGUGCUGAGGCACAAGGGCGCCCCGCACCUCCAGUCCCCCGCCAGGGACAUGCCCUUCUACCAGUGGCUGCUCCUCGACGUGCUGGCCGUCUACGCCGUGCUCGUCUUCCUCGCCUACAAGACCACCAGCCUGAUGGGCCGCUUCGUGUACCGGUGCAUCACCUCCUCGCCGACGUCCGUCUCCACCAGCAAGACCAGGCCCGUGGUCAUGGCCAACGGCAAGAAGCGCGACUAGGCCGUCGUUUACCCUGGUUUCUCUUUUGGGGAGGACUGGGAGGGGGCGGCAGCAAUUUUGAGACGGAGUUGUUCCUCAAACGUGUCAGUUUAAAUGGUUUUAAACUGAUGCGUUUGCAGCCAUUCUGAUCAAAGAGUAGGAAACAAAGAUGGUGUAAAAUGAAUCUAUUUUUAAGAGGGAAUUUCUUGGGUACAAUUCCUGGUAAAUGUACCUUGGAGCGGUGAUUUUAUGUUACUCUAAAUACUGACCUUGACUGUGAUUGCAUAAGGUUUGGAAGUCCUGCCUUAUGCCUAUUUUCUGAAUAUAGUGUACAUAUGUAUAAUGUAAAUAGUGCCUAAUAUUCUAGUGUUAUAUAUUGUUAAAUUUAACACCAUUGGUUUCUCAAUCCAAAAGAUAUUUCUGCUCGAGUCAUGGCGCGUGGGUUAUUGCGUGCCUCUCUCCGACUGCCGUGAUCAAACAACGGCCAAAAAUUGCAGUUCCGGGCUAAAGACUUUAAUUUCGAGUCAACGUCGGCUACACAGGGUCUCUGAUUACGCAGCCUAGCGUGCAUAUCGACUGUUAUUUCGUGCAAUUGUGUCUGUUGUGUAUAUUUAUAUUCUGCUUUUAUGUUUGUGUGCGAGUACAUACAUGUUUUUUUUUGUCCCGAAACGAAAAAAUACACAUGUAAAAAUAUUAACUUUUUA